AUGGCCAAGUGUCCAGUCGACCACGGAGGAGGGCAGUCGGGCGAUGGCUGUCCCGCAAACCACAACUCUGGUUCAACUUGGACAACGAUCUUCGGGAAAGGAGGGGCAUCUACUACUAACCCUCCAUCCUUACCCACAGACCGCGAAGUCUCUUCCAUCCCGCGAACGACCAAUGAAAAUUGGGUAUACCCCUCCGAGGCACAAUUCUUCGCCGCAAUGGCACGAAAAAAUCACAAUCCUCACGCAGCUGACAUGAAGGCCGUAGUACCCAUACAUAACGCUGUAAAUGAACGUGCGUGGUCCGAGAUCGUGAAGUGGGAGGCAGGUAGAGGCGGCGCAACCUGUGGCGGAGUGAAGCUCGUCAAUUUCAAAGGUCGACCAAAUGACAUGAGCCCAAAGGCCAGGCUGAUGACUCUUCUCGGGUAUUCGGCACCCUUUGAUCGUCAUGAUUGGAUUGUUGACCGUUGCGGCACGCGCAUACGUUAUGUUAUCGACUUCUACACUGGUCGUGGAGCUGGAGUAUCCUCAAACAGUGUGUCCUUCUAUUUGGACGUACGUCCAGCAUUGGACAACUGGGGAGGAGUCAAGAUGAGAUUUGGGGCGGUCAUUGGGGAUUUGUUUGCUACCAGAAACAGUGGUACUUGA